AACAGGUUCGGCUGGGUUAAGAGCUGUGAAGUUCCUCCUUAGGACAGUGAUCUUUGGAAGACAAUAAAAAAGUGAGAUUCCUCCUGGUCUGCGGAGCCACCCCAGGUGACAGCCCCGGAGGCCAGGACCGUCCCGUCUCUUCCAAGGACUCCAGAUGCUGCUUCUCCCCUAUGCCAGACUCCAGUGAGCUGCCAUCUGAUGCUGUCUGGGAACCCCUGCCACAAGCUGUCUUUGCCACGAAUGACACCAAGGAGGAUGUUUUUGAACACAAGACUGCCAUGAAGGAGAAGAACCCCUACAUUGAGGCACGGGGAUUGCAGAGACUAUGGAGUUUGAUGUCGGAGGAGAAGAAGCAAUGCUACCCGCCCUGCUGGAGCCCCAGUGCGAGGCAUAAACCCGCAGAGGACCGCAUCCUAGCCAAGCGCAAGGGGCCUCCCAGCAAUGACCUGCAGAGGUACCAGAACAGUGAGAGGAGGGAAAGAAGGAGGGGUGGAGAGUGCCCCUCGAGGCCAGGCCCCACCGCACCCGCCUGCCCAGGCUCCGGAGCCCACCUGACCCCGCCGGGACCCUACCUUCGGCAACUGCUGCUCCCCAUCCUGCGCAAUGGGAAGGGAUGGAGGGUGUUGACAAGCGGAUGCAGGAGAGCAAGGGAGACCCGUGAGACAGCACAUGGACGAGGGCGCAGGCGGUGAAGACCACCUAGAGGGGACGGCAAUGAAGACAUGGGGAGAUGAGACCCAACGUAGACAGUGCUGCGGGGUCACACCUGAAGGCAGGCCCAGAAAACCCUGAAAACACAGGAGGACAGACAACCCCAGCAGCCCAUCCACCUGCUGAGUAUCGGCCGCUCCAGAGCCUAAGGCUGAGGAAACGCGGGCCUGUCUUCUCCAAGGCGAGCUUCGUCCUCCAACCAGAAGAAACGAAUAUGACAUUCCAGAAGAAAUGAACCAAAGAUGGGAGCUGAAGGCCUCAAGUGCUUGCCUUUUGCCUGUUGACCAGUUAACCAAACUGCCUUAUCUAUGCAGCACAGGCCUUUUAUUCAUUUUACCUCAAGACAUCUCUUUUGGGCAAUGAUGUGUUUUAAAGCCUAUUUUUUUCUGAAAACACCU